UUUUCCAUUCAAAUCAUCUCUUUCGUCUCCAUGAACCUCUCGAGCGCAAGUCCGGUGCCCAUAAAAUACGGUUUGCAUUCCCUGCUGAGCACUGGACUUAACCGUCCAUUCCCUCUUGCUGCUGGGAUAUCCUACGAACAAAAGGAAGUACCGGACCCAGAGUUAGCGGUUGCAGGGAUUGGCACAAUUGGUAUUCCACUCGAAGAGGCCGACGCUUUAGCUCUCAUUUCGAGUGCAACGGCCGAUUGGCUUGGGGCUCAGGCUGUCAACGAGACGCCAAGGUCACCGUCUGAGAUUUUCAAUAGCCCUGGACCUGGUACAUGGGAAAUACCAGCAUACAAGAUUUCUGUUGCCAACUCUGGAUUUCUGGACUGGCUACAAGAUGUCAGCGGACCUGAAACUCUCAAUUGCAUUGGCGCAUGGAAACGGAGUGGCAGAGUUCAAUACGUUUUGAAGUGUUUGGUGAUUCACGAGACUUCACAACUUGCUAGCCGAACAAUCAAACCCAGCAGCAACAAACUAGGAGAGCUCGUCGUGAUCCUCCCAUGCUCGUACUCUGAUGGAAAUCUUGCUCAUGCACAUCUCGAGGAGGUUUUUCAACUGGAGCCACCAGUGACGAACACUGACAGACGCAAGCAAACUUAUUCGGUCAUCUCAGCUCACGCCGGCGUAUGUGAAAUCGUCUCUCCAGUCACUGCCGGAUUCCGCGUAUCUUUGCUUUAUGAUAUACUUCAAGACGGUUACCUGCCCAGCAGACUGCCCAGUCUUGAUAGCCCCAAGCAACGAUUACGUCAUCUUCUUUCGCCAUGGGCGACAUUGCAAGUCGUAUCAACAUGGAGUUAUCCGCACAGUCUUCUUGGUUGCCUGCUCAAGCACAAUUAUACCCAAUCAGCCGCGUUUGAUAGUUCUUCGCUCUCAGGAACAUCUGACGAGCUGUUGUUCAAACUGUUCGACAUCAUCGCGCGCGAGUUGAGCUUCGAUAUAUUUUUCGGCCAGAUCGAACUUCUGGUCCGCAGCGAGGUCAGUGGCAAGUUGAACCAGCAGUUUUGGCGCUCCGAAAUGGAGAAGGCGAUCAUCACAGCGAUAUUCGAUGUGAACGGGAUCCCAGUUGUGGUGGAGGGACUUGAACAAGGCUUAAUACCACAGGAAGAUCUCGUUAUUCAAGACGGCAUUCACCUUCAACAGGCGAUUGCGGUGGCCUGCGCUGAGAAGACCCAGAUGUUCUCAAGGUAUCGUCACACCGUCUUAUUGCUAGGGCCAUGUAACUCCAAGGGCCUUACCGUCAAGGUGACCGACAAAAUCUUCGAAUAUGCCCAAGAAAUUCUUGGAGAUAGCCAGACGAUGACACCGAGUCGAAAAGAAAAGGCGGUGUUCGAUGCAUUAUUGAGUUGGUGUGAAAGACAGUUGCAGUGCAAUAAGGACAGUGAUGCAUUGGUGUUGCCCGCCCGCCUCCUCCAGAAAUGUAGUCGGCAAUGGUGGGAUCUAGAGCUUUUCUUUCGCGCGGCGCUCGCUUGCGGUUGUGACCAGUCUAUCGCAGUCUGGGGCCCCGAAGGGUACGCGUCGGCAUAUCUUGAGUUUGGGUGGCUCGAUGCGAUUCAAAAUCUGUGCGAAGCAACGCUCAUCAAUGACAACUGCAAACUACAGAAAUGGGGUCUAAUCGCAUGCUUACGGGAGAAGGCAAUGCUGAACGGAGACAUCCAGCUCGAAGCGUGGUGCGGGAAUCAUCAGUCACGACUCUUAUCUUUGUUGGCGGAAGUAAAACCAAGCGACACGCCGUGGCUGAUGUCUCUUUGCAUGUCUAAGGGCGGCAAGUUUCUGAGAAACGUAAUAUAUCCGCACCUUGUGAGCCAAUGGCUUCCUAUUGAGGCAUUCUGGAUUCCUUUUAUGAGGGGUCUUCACGAACAUCGAGCACGGAUACCAUACCUCGAAGAUCCCAAGGCCGUAUACGAUGUCAUUGAACUGGCAAUUCAGUACGUUACAGCAGUCCUCCCCCCGUUCCCAACCAAGUUUGUCGGCGACGAGGAAGUUCAAGACGUCAACAUCGUCGCAGAACUUAUGUGCUGCUGUCUCGAGAUAGAUCACGGGACAAGCAUUUGUGUCGCUCUCACCUCCAAGAUGCACGAUGUCGCUACGAGGGGAGAAUGGCCAAACCCGUCUCCAUGGCCAUAUUACGAUGUUAUGGUCGACAUACUCCGGAAGCAUUACGCAGAAGAAGACUGCGAAUACCACAGCCUGUGGUAUCGUCAAUUCUUCCAAGAUGCAACAAUAUUCUUGCUAUCACCUUAUAGCGUUGCAGGCAAACGAAUGGUGUUCCCUUGGGAAUUUACGGAGACAACGCUUGUGAAAGUUGUCGAUGUUAUAGCCCGCGCUGGGGGAAUGCCCUUCUUGGGCAGCUUAUUGCUCGUUCAGCCGCAUUUAUUACACGGACGCGAUUCCGAUUCGUUGAAAGCAUUUGCGAAAACUAUCUUGAGCAAAUUUUCCGUUGUGGGGGGCUGCGAAUUCAAGGUGGUGAAAGACUUCCUUCUCGAUGCGGCCAUGAGCGCCGUAGAUCUUGAAAUCAUGAAAAGUGACAAGGUAACCGACAACAUCAAGUUUUGCCUGGAGCAUAACGCGUCUGCGCCAACCUACGAGCGUUUCUUGUUGAGAGUUGCAAUGAUUCCUCCAGGAAUGGCCAAUGAUAUAUAUGUCCUUGAGGUGCUCGUUCCGACCUUGGUCAGCCUGCAGCGCGUUCUCGGGUCUUACGGCUUGUCUUUGGAAAGCCCUGCAUUCCAAAGGUUUGCACAAAAUGUGAUCGUUUUAUUCACCAGAUGUGCAACAUAUAUCCCCGCACAAUAUCUCCAGACGAUUCAGAUUGGUUGCUUCAGAGCUUCGUGUGCUGAUUGUCCAGCGCUGAGAAACUUUCUUCUCGCUGAAGACCAGCAUGGCUCCACCACGUUUCAGAGGAAAGACAAGUUGCGGAGGCACAUCAUCGCAGGGCUCAAAUCAGCGCGGCUGGACCAGCUUGGGGUGACAUGGGAGACACUCACAACGUCGUCGCCGUAUGUGUUAAAGGUACACAAGCCAUCCAAUCUUUUGCAAGAGGCCGUGUCACCAGGGCGCCGUCUUCAAGGUGUUGCAUUGCUGACGCUUCUGGGGAAUCGGGAAGCCCAGAAAAAUAUACUGGAAGAUAACUUCGCGCGGGUAUGGGCCACUUUUGACGUUGUUAACACGGUGGGCAAGUAG